ACACGACUUCAUUCAGUUUACAGACGUUCGGUAGUUCGGUAGCGAGUAUCUUUAGCAGGCGGACACAUAUACAACCCCGAUAUAUCCUGGUGUUUUUGUUUUUGAUACAGGACCUGGAAAGAAAUAAUUUUACAAUCAGACUGAGCUUGAUCCAAGAAAUAGGCAGGAACAGGCAGGGGUAAGCACAUUUAGCUGUGAGCAUGAUUGGAUCAAAGCGAUGAUGAGCAGAUGAUCGCCAGACUACACACAGCUAGUGGAUAGCAUCGAAAUUAUGACGCCAUCGACCUCGUGACAUCACUGAGCCUCUGAUCUUCUUAUUCUAUGGCAGUGGGCGGCACUGGUGAGGUUACGAUGGGAGUGGAUCAGGAGCAGUUACCGUUGGUCAACGUCCUCUUGGACCUAUCCUCUGAGCUAGGUCACCGCUGGAAGGACAUCGGGCGUAGGCUUGGCUUGCUGGAAGCAGAGCUGGAAAAUAUAGAAUCAGACUAUUUAAAGCAGAAGGAGAGAGGGUACCAGAUGCUGCUUCAAUGGCGACAGAUGACACGGAACAAAGAUCUAGUGAGGACAUUGAUACAGGCGCUCAAGAGCGGGCAACGCUUGGACUUGGCAGAAAAAUAUGGUCCUCGGUUUGAAGAACUAUUCCCUACUCAAAUUGAGGAAGACGUCGCUCCACGAAAUGUCCUAGAUGCCAAAGAAAAGCAAAUGGUGGACAUCCUCAGAUAUCACUACAAGAAACGAAACCGAGUCCCCAUGGUGCCCUGGGCUGGCAAGAAUGGAAAGAUCGUAACGGUAGAUCUGGGUAGGGUCUACACCAACCUAGAGCUACUUGUCGACAUCGACAGUCCGGACCUUCCCAUUCACUUCCGCCUCGGUUUGAAAGACUUGUUCAAUGAUGUGAAAGCAUUGGAUGGAAAUGAGAAUGAAAUUGAUGGGUGUGAAGAGACACUGGCAACGUCGUCUACUCGAGUUGUAGCGAGAGGAAGGACAGGCAGUGGAAAGACCACUUUCCUGUUGAAGUUGUCGAGCGACUGGGCGGAAGGUAGGACAAGUCCUGUGAAAGACGCGGAUGCGGUUUUCCUUCUGCAGCUGAAGAGGUUGGACCACACAAGCAACUUUGGAGAUGCCGUUGUCGACCAGCUCUUGCCUCGGGCAGAUUUCUCGCCAGAGUUCAUUGAAGAGUUUGCUGAAAAGAAUCAGAAACGAGUAGCUGUUCUGCUAGACGGCUACGACGAGUUCAAAGGCAAAGGGUUGGAUCAAGAGAAUUGUGGAAACGUCGUGAAAAUGUUGAGGAAAGAAUACUUACCUUUCGUCAAGAUUUUGAUCACAACUCGCCCUGGGAGAGUUGGAGAUUUCAUGACACUGGGUGACUACAUCACGGACGAAUACCGACAUUUGCAGAUCACAGGGUUUUCAUCACAAGACAUUGAUGCAUACGUCAAGAAGAUUUUCAAACGACGGCCAGAACUUGGAGAUAAACUCCUUUCCUACCUUGAAGAGAACCAUCUAAAAACAGAACUUGCUUCCCUGCCUUUGAUGUGUUGCGCUUUCUGUCAAUUGACAAAAUUGACCGAUGGAAAGGACUUCAAAGAUAUGAAUACAAUCAGCUCACUCUUCAACAAGCUCAUUAAGUGUCUCUUGAAGUAUCACCCAAGAUCCAAGGAACAAAGGUCAAGACUUCGAAGUUGGGAUUCUACUGAAAAAGACUCAACAGAGGAGAACGAUGUAAAAAACAGCGACUUAACCAGCGAUACUGCAGAUGAAACCGAUGGAGUUUUUCAGCCAAGUAUUGAUGAAGACGACCUGAUUCUAGAGCUUGGAAAUGUUGCGUUACUGGGCUUUAUCAGAUCAGCUGAAGAAGAACUGAUCUUCAGAAUGAAAGACUUUGAAGUUUGUAAGUCUGGUGCAAAGGAAGUUGUCGCCAUGGGUUGCAAGGUUGGUAUCUUGGUUCGAGAUGAAGAAGCGGAGUACAGACCCAUAAUUUAUGAAGAUUUUGAGAUUAAUAACGAAGGUGGGGUAGUUGACUCGUGCAACAUUACGUUUGUCCUCAAAAUAAUUCAAGAGAAACUUGCUGGAACAUACCUUGCUCACCUAUCUACCGGAAAUGAGGAGGAGAAGGACUCCUUCAAGAAGUGUGUUGCGGAUAUCAAAACUCUCCAACGUGCCACAGAUCUUGGAAAUGUCCUCAUGUUUGCAUGCGGUGCAAAUGUGGAAGCAGCUCGAAUCAUCAUUAACCAUGUUGUGAGUCUAAUGAAAUCGGAAGAGGAAAACAUCAAGCUCUUUCUGACAGGGAAGUUGCACUAUACAGAAUGCAACCGUAUCCAGAAGCUCAUUGAGUUCUGUCUACAACUUAACUUUGAAAGCCAGAGCAAGGGUAAGCUAAACGAUGUACUGAUGCCUCUCAUGUAUGGCUGUAGUCGUCUCCGACUUGUUGGGAUCUCUAGCUACGUCACCAAGUCUCUGGGGUAUCUUCUCCAGUACAGCAAGGGGUUUUCUAUCAAAUCGCUUGAGCUGAUUCGUCUGCACUUGAAUUCCAGUUCAGAAUUCCGGGAAUUUCUCAACACAUUUCCAGGCUUGGAACAGGAUGUGUCACAGACAAUGACGAAGAAGAGGCGAAAGAGGAAAAAGCAGAAUGAAGAACCACUAACAGAAGAAAAGAGAAGAGAAAAGAUAAGAGAAGGGGUAACUAAGGGAAGACAAAUACCAAAGUACUUGUUACAGCGUCCUGAUGAUACGUUCCUUGCGGUGCUGCCCUUAUGGGAACAGGUCAACCAAAUGCAGAUGAGCGAAUGGAAUUUCGGACCCGUCAUUGAUGGCUUGGAGCACUGUCCUGUUGAAGAGCUCAUUCUCAAUGGCGUCAAGGCCGAACCAGAAGACUGGGAAAAACUGUUCAGGAUAUUUGGAAGUCCAUCAUUUACAUCCCUAAAGAAACUGACUCUCGGUAUGAAUGGCAUAGAAGACGAGUGUCUUGCCAAGAUUGUACCAGGGCUUUCCUGUCAAUCUCACCUGACUCAUCUGAAGCUAUCUGGUAAUGAAGUUGGACCUGAUUUUCUAGACGCCCUGGAAGAAUGUCCUAUGAUGAACAAUCUCGAGGUGCUUGUUCUAGAGAAGACUGAUAUGGAUUCGGAAAGCAUUGAACAACUUGGAGACCUUCUCAAACACUUCCCUUCACUGUCCUCACUCGAUAUUCGGCGCAACGAAUGUUCUGAUGACACUUCCAUAAUCAGCAUUCUGGAUGGAUUACAGCACUGUCCAAAACUAGAAAGACUUUUCAUUUCUCUCCACAAGGUUUCUGAAAAGGCCCUCGAGAAUCUGCAGAUGAAGGAAGGUACCCUUGCCAACUUGAAGGAACUCCACCUCGUCCAUACACCGGUCCCAGAGAAGGUCAUUGAAUGUGCUGCAGGAAUUCUUCCAGUCAUGCCCAAUCUAGAAGACUUACGGAUAUCAGGUACACCUCCAGAUAAGACAAAGGAACACAAAGAGGAACGAGGAAGGAUUUCACAUGAAGUUUCCGAUCUCUUCUCAAAGGCUAUCCUCGUGCCACCUUCCUUAAGAUUUCUAAGCAUCCUCUACACCACCUUUGAACCAGACGAUUUUGUCAAUCUGCUAGAGAAGAGUUCAGAAGCAACUAAAGCAGGACUAAAAACGUUAAGGUUUUCCAAGGCAUGCAUUCCUGAAGAGGAAGAAGUCCGUCGACAUAUAAGGAACGCCGAGAAGACGUUUCUUCGUAUCUGGGUCUGAAAUGUCUCUCACAGAGUUUACCACGAUUUGCGCUAACUCACCAAUCUGGUUGCUGAUUCUUCGGACCCUGCUUCGUUGGGCAUACCACUUUUUGAAUUUCCUUCUCACUUUCACGGCAAACAAUGGUGCAUGCACUGCUCGUAGAAGAAUUUACUUUAAAGGCAGUGGCCCGUAUUCUGAAGUCGGGUUUAACUUAAACUCAGGUUAAAAGUUGUGGUUUAAGUAUGGGAAGCCAAAAGUAA